AGAAGCCCCUCUAUACUGUCUAUACUGGCGUUUGCAAGGACAUCACUGUUUGUAGUGCAGUCUUAACACUGUAUGUCCAUGAUGGAGCACAAGCAUCUUUGGUGAAAGCGCUCAAGAAGUCUUAGUUGUUUUCUGUAUAGUGCCCAUGUCUCAGAGUCAUACAGAAGGGUGGAGUGAACCACCGCCUGGUAGACAUUGAUAUUUGUAGGCAGGCGGAGCAAUUUGUUCCGUCAAACUCUUGCCUGAAGGCAUCCAAAAGCGCUACUGGCCCUGGCCAGACGGUUAUCAACUUCCCUUGAAAGUGAGGUGUUAUUUGACACAAUACUACCUAGAUAUGUGAAGUGGUCUACAUUUAUAGUACCAUUUUAUAAUUAAUAUUGUUAUAAUAUAGAAUAUCCUAGAUCCUAGAGAUUUAGUAGAUUUAGUUACAGUUAGUGUAUGAGAUUAGAGUCUUAUUAAAAUUAAUAUUGUUUGUCUACAAUAAUAAAAUAAUCAUUUCAUAUCACCAACAGAAAGAGAGACCUGACAACCCAGCAAGUCCGACACUUCAUUUUUCAAAUUAAGGACACAGAAUAGAGCUGCAAUAUAUAUGGAUCCAUCAAUCAGAGAUUCAAUUCAAAUAUUGCUAAGAGUUUGCCCUCCUGAUCCAAGUGAAAAAGACUUUGCACCAUGAGUUCUGGAUGUUAACACUGCAGACAAUGCCAUUAUUCUUCACACAAAGCCAGAGCCCACAAUUUUCAGAUAUGACAAUGUAGCAGAUGCUGACACCACACAGUGGCCAGACUGGCUCAGGAAAAAGUUUUACUAUGUUUGGUCCCUCUGAGAACUUGGAAAGCUCUCAGCUUCGUGGUGUGAUUCCCAGAAGUUUGGAGUAUCUCUUUAGUGUAAUAGCUCACCAACAAGAUCAUGGCAGGAAAAAACAGUUUUGUGUCGCUGCUCCUUUUUAGAAAUCUAUGAAGAGCAAAUCUUUGAUCUUUGGAUUCACAAGGUAUUCGCUUACGUGAGAAUAUGAACAAAGGUGUCUUUGUAGAUGGACUCAUUGAGCAAGUUAUCUGCAACCCAAGAGAUGCUUAUCAGUUAAUAAUCAAGGGCUGGUUGAAUCGUAGAGUAGCUCCUACUUCCAUGAACAGAGAGGGUUCGCACUCUCAGGCUAUUUUUACAGCUAAAAUAGAGUCAAAGGAGGAAGUAGGUGGUUUCCAAAAAAGCAAUAUAUCACAGAUAAAUCUAAUUCAUCUGGCAGGAUCAGAGAGACAGAAAGCUACCAACACUGACAGCACUUGGCUCAAAAAUCAUGAAUCUCAGCUGACAGCCAAAGAAGAAGAACUGCAAAGAGUGAACAUGACUCUUCAGAAAUUUGAAAAAGACAACAAAGUUUUACAAGCUGUGUUGAAGCACACAGAAGUUUGUGAGCAGAAAGCUCCUGAAGUGCCAAAUUUUCAAGUUAUUAAGAAAAUUGAAUCAGCCUAUAGCUGCAAGAAGGAAGAGUUUGAGAGGUCAAUCUUUGGCAAAGAUAAAAAAAGUAGCUGAGUUAUUAUUUGAAGUAGCAAAAUUAAAAGAGGAACUUCACCUUGCCAGGGAAACACAUGCAUCUGUUUUAAAAGACAGGAAUUGCAAUAAAAUGGUGCUGCUGAGGCGUUUCAAGAAUUUCAUAGUGCUGUGCCUAUGCAAGGAGGUGCUAUUGGUGAGCCUGGAGAGAGAAAGUCAUCUACAGAAAAAAAUGGCUCGGUUAGAGGAAGAACUCUAAUAAAAGAAACAAAAAUGCCAGAAAUAAAUGAACAAUCUUGGAGAAGUAAAAAAAAGUGAAUGAACUAAUAACAUCCUUUUAAAGAGUCACUAUUUUUUGUAAAAGUUUUUUUUUAUUAUAUCAAUCAAUGGUUAUAAUUCAAAUGAAAGCCACUUCAUUCUUCUUAAAAAACCAGUACAAGAGAUACAGUACUUAUAAGCAUGUCAAUGAUUGGUUGAAUCCUACUAGUAUUUGAAUAAACAUAUAUUUUAGUUUGAAGCCCAAGAUUGGCAUUGACUCUAGACAAAUAAUUGUGUUUAUACACAGUUUGACUGUAAAAGAAAUAUGUCGAGAUAUUUUUGUUAAGAUUUUUCUUAAGUUCAAGCUACUUCACUCUUUUAGUCAAUAAGUUCCUCAAUGGAAUUUAAAAAGAUGUUUAUGGAUAUUGUCUUUCAUUUCACUAGCCAUUUGUUUUUCAUAAAAAUUGUGGAAUUGAAAAUGUCUGUUACAUGUGCUUCUAUAUCUAAUAUUUAUGAAUAUAUAUAUAUAUAUAGAAUAUCCUCUGCUUAAAAGUAUGCUUUAUUGGAAUAUGUUUGAUGUCAAUACUUGUAAUAAAAUGAACAAGAGGUGUUUCACUCUAGUAGUUUAAAUUUUCAGAAGUUAUGAACUAGAGGCCUUAAAUCAAAUUUACUACUUUUGGAUAAAUUUGUCAUCUCUGUAACUGUAAUGUAACUAGGCCUCAAGGUUUCCUAAAUUGAGCAAAGAGAAAGAGCAUCCACAUUUAUCUUUUUUCUAGAAAGAACAAAAAUAAAGCUCAAAUAUUUCUGCUAUUUUGACACAAAUUAAGAAAAAUAAUAUGACCAUUUUUGUAGGAGCUCGCAAGGUUGAAUUUAUAGGUAGGCUAUUUAGGCAUGGUUGUAUUUUACACAGCUACAACUGUAUUAAUACAUAAAUAAGCUGUCCUAUUGUAAAUAUGUACUGUACAUAAAAAAUUAGUUAUUAGAAAUAGCUAUUUGAUCUUCAUGUAUUGUCUUGAAUCCUUUUUUUUUUUUUUGUUGGUGUUUUGAUUGUUCUGAAUAACUUAUAUGUUAAACUACUUGUAUAAUGUGUUUGUAAAUAUUCAUAUCAGAUAAUUUCUAUUGCUGUUUAUUAUGACAGUCUUAAGUUUAAGGAAGUUGGAAGUUUUUGUUUAUGUAUCAACACAGACCAUGAGCUCUAUUAUAACUGUCUGUCUGGUCUUUCAGUUUUUCUUUGGGUCAUCUUUGUUUCAUUGUGGCAGUCUGUAUUUAUAUUUAGUGUAUUCUUGCCAUUUUAUGCCCAUAAUUGAACCCAGACUCCUUUGGUUCAAUCCUUCUAGCACCCUUAAAUGCUUUGCAUGUAGCUGCCAAAUCUGAGAGCCAUAAUGAAGUGCUUCGAGGCCACUGCCUGGUAGAUAUGUAACUAUUUAUCUAUCACUAAUUGCAAAGUUUGGGCCCUCUGAGUCCACCCAACUCUAUUGGGUACCUGGCAUUAGUUGAGGAAAAGUAAAUUCGGUUGGUCAUUGUACUGGCUACAUGAUACCCUCGUUAACUGUAGGCCACAGAAUCAGAUGACCUUUACAUCAUCUGCCCUAUAGACCACAAGGUCUGAAAGGGGAACUUUACUUACUUACUUAAUUGCAGAAGUGUUGUACAUAAAAACAUUCCGUACUCAAGUUUAACUGCCAUUAGUUAGAAUCAAUAUCUUAAAUAGAAUAAGGUGUAAUUGUGAACAUUAAGCCACAGAGAUGUGACCCUACAAUGACUAUGCUAGGAGCAGUAGUUGUUAUUUAUAAUUCUAGCAAUCAAUUUUUUUGUUAAAGGCCCCAAGCACUAUUAGAUCUUCAAAUUAGCUUAGUGAUAUUGUAAUAUGUGAUUUACAUUAGCUGAUAUUUUAUUGCUUUCAUGGAUUAACAAGAAUUGGUUCUGUUACUUUUCAUAACAUUUGUCAUUACACCACAACUGAUGCCUUACUGAACAAAAUGUUCUAAUGAGUGAAAAUAAAGUUAUUUGUUUUCUAA